UGCGGUCGAGUCAUUCUGUGAAUCUGUUUGGCGUGUGGGAGGAAAGAGUGAAAGAAAGCGACAGAUUUGUUUGGACCUUUUCUGUUCUGGUGAAGAGAUGUCUAGGUACCACAAAGCAGCGAUUGAUGGAUACUUGGACCUCUUAAAAGAGGCCACGAGGAAGGACCUGAACACUGCGGAUGAGGAUGGCAUGACUCCCACUUUACUCGCUGCUUUCCAUGGACACAUCGAUGCGCUUCAGCUCAUAUGCAGCAGAGAAGGAGACCCCAACCGGAGUGACAUCUGGGGAAACACGCCGCUGCACCACGCUGCGGCUAACGGCCACAUGCACAUCCUCAGCUUCCUGGUCAACUUUGGUGCCAACCUUUUUGCCCUGGACAAUGACUCCCACACAGCCAUGGACGUUGCUGCUUCUCGUGACCGCAUGGACUGCGUGCGCUUCCUAGACGCUGCCGCCUCACAGCAGACCAACCAAAACCCAAAGAAGGUCGUCAAUCUAAAGAAGGAGGCCAUCAAAGAAGCGGAGAAGCGCGUGAAGCUCUGCGAGAAGGUGAAGAAGAAGCACCAGAGCAAGAUGGACAGAAUGCAGCGUGGAGCGGACAGUACUGGGUCUGUCUCAGAGGCCAGCAUGGCAUCGGCAUUCUCAGACGGCGGUGUGUCCGGAGUCAAUGAGCAGUUCUCCAAACUUAUUGCUGCUGAUAAAUCUGGCUCCCUCACAGCCAGGGUUAAAGGCACGCUCCAGAGGAAGCUUGGGAAGAAAGAUAAAGGCACACUGCAGGGGUCGGGAGGGGACGGGAACGUUAUUUUCCUCAAACAGGAGAGCGGAGCGUCCGAGCAGCCAGAGUUUCUGGAUGUCUUCAAUGAGCAGGACGAGGGCAUGUCAGAUGAAGACGGAAUGGGAGGCUUCGAAGAUUAUAACAAUGACGAGCCAGGCCAAGUCAAACAGUCCAUCUUCAAUCGGCCCGGUCUUGGAGGUCUGAUUUUCAUGAAGAAAAUGGGGCUGGAGUCAGAAGACAUCCCGAGCGGCAACAACGAAAGUCUCGGCUACCUCGUUCAGAACGAGUUGUUUGAGGUCGAGGAAGGCGGAGCAGGCUUUGAGGGGAAUGGCGAUGCUGAUCUGCCCUGGGAUCAGGAAGAUCUGGGACUGGAUGAUGAUGAAGAUGAGGAAACCUCACCGUUGGAUGCAUUCUUGUCCGCCAUCUCCUUGCCAGAGUUUGCCCUUGCAUUCAGCAGAGAACACCUAGACCUGGAGGCGCUGAUGCUUUGCUCUGAUGAAGACCUGAAAGGCAUCCGCAUCCAGCUGGGACCCAGGAAGAAGAUCCUGGAAGCUGUUGCUCGCAGAAAGAACACAUUGGAGACUCCUGGCAUCAUGAAGGACAGCGGCCUGUGAUCUAAAAAAACAUUACCAGGGAUUAAUAAUCCUGUUUGAAGCUUAAAAUGAGUCUGUACUUUUUGUAAAUAGAGCCAAUAGUUUGAUUUUUCUGAAUAAAACAAAGAUGAUUCAGCAAACUGUUUCUCUAAACAACAAUUUCUACAGCGUAAAGUUUCAAAUUUCUAAUCCAUAACAUUUUUUCGAUAAUCUGUUAAUAGAAAAUUAUCCAUGUUACAACCAAUUUACAAACGGCAUGACCUCCAGCGACUUGAUCUGAAAUCCACAACAUCAUCGUAUAGAUAAAAACAAGAGAUGUUUUGAUCCAUAAAUGAGAUAACAAAGUCAGUGGCUGAUUUUUACUAAUUUUUGCAGUUGACAACAUAAUGUCAAAUAAAUGAAACAUAAAAAAAUACCGUCUCCAAGUUAAUAAGAUGUGUAUGUGUCCCCUAGUUUUCACUAUGUUGCAGGGACAUAGGUCUGGUCACACAGUCACAUUGUGAGGACUCACCUUCCAUUUGGGGACAAAAUGUUGGUCUUCAAGUGAGGAAGACACAAGCAAAGAAAGAAAAGUCAUCAAUUUGAACGCACAUUCACAGCAUAAAGAAUUGUGAUGACCAGAUUUGGAUCUUAUUCUUCUACAGUUCAAAACGAGAUGCUCAUUUAAACAAGCAUUAAAGAUGCUGUUUAAACAAAAUAAGGCAUAACCUAUUGGAAAAGUGUAUGCAUAGCCACUGCCAUGUGUGUAUAAGUAUAACAUGAGAAAAUACAAAACAUAUAAACAACAUAUAUAAAACAUAAUGUCAAGUGUUUCUUUAAGUUGUAUACAAUUGUUUUAUAAUCAUACCUU